UCUGCUGGCACAGCUCUGCAGCUCGCCUCCUACCUGCGCUUCGAGUACGGCUACAUCCCGUGGAGGGCCGUACCGGGAGUCCUGCGGAAUCUCGAGCUUCUGGUCGACGAAGACGUGGUGGAGGACUUCAAGGAGUUUGUACUGUCCCUGAUGCAUCACAUGGCGAUCCUGCUGCGCUACCAAGAGCAACCUGGAGAGGACCACACGACUCGCAUUCUGCGGGCCGUCAUUGUCAGCAUCGCCUGCAACUAUGGUGAACCAUCGUGUCUCAACUCCAUGUACGAGCAGUUGCAACACUUCAUGGCUGCCCCUGGCAACUCCAGCAACCAAGUGGGACCAGACUUGAAACGCGUCGUCUACUGCUACGGUGCACAGCAAGGUGGGGACGAUGCGUACAGUUUCCUCAUGGAUCUGUACCAGACUACCGACAUCGUCUCUGAGCUGAACGACAUCGUGCUCGGCGCCACCUGCUCACACUUAGUCGACGGACUACGGCUGCUGGAGCUGACCGCCACUGGAGCCAAGGGCGGCUUCCGGAGAGAGCACCUCCAGUGGCUGCUGGAGGGACUGCUGCAGCACCGACACACCCUUCCAUCCGCUCUCCAGUUCCUCAGCAGCUGCGCCAAUCUCCUCUCCAGGCCAGGUGAGAAGCAGGCGGCCAGGAAGUUGCUGAGGCAGGCCAUUCUAGAUAUGCGCGACGAGCAACUGCUGGAGAAGGUGCAGCAGGCAGCCGUCGCCCUGGAGGACGAGUCGCUGGUCACAGUCGCACAGUGGCGCCGUGACGUCAUCGUCAAUGGAGCAGCCGCACGCCGCGAUGCAGCUCGCUGGCUCAAAGGAAAACCAUGGCGCCUCUGAAAUAGGGGACGGCCUGAAUCCCUGUACCAUGCAGUCUACACAUAGUGACCAGGCUGGCGAACUAACAGAUAACAACAUGUAGUGAUAUUUACGUA